AUGGGCGUCUUCGGUUCCAAGGCCGAGCUGCCGACGGGCCCCGUCGACGUCGCGUACAGUCCGCCGCUGCCCGUGAACGCGUCGAACCCCAAGGUCUGGUUCGAGAUCACCGUCGGCGGCAACGUCAUCGGGAAGAUCGUCAUGGAGCUCAAGGCCGACGUCUGCCCCAAGACCGCGGAGAACUUCCGCUGCCUCUGCACAGGCGAGAAGGGGUUCGGCUUCAAGGCCUCGAGCUUCCACCGCGUGAUCCCCAACUUCAUGUGUCAGGGCGGCGACUUUACGCGCCACAACGGCACGGGCGGCAAGUCCAUCUACGGCGAGAAGUUCAAGGACGAGAACUUCCAGCUCAAGCACGCGGGGCCCGGCGUGCUGUCCAUGGCGAACGCGGGCCCGCACACGAACGGCAGCCAGUUCUUCCUCUGCACGGCGCUCACGUCCUGGCUCGACGGCAAGCACGUCGUCUUCGGCCAGGUCGUCGACGGCUACGGCGUCGUCAAGGCCGUCGAGUCCGUCGGCUCGAGCAGCGGCGCCACGGCGGCCAAGGUCCUCGUGUCCGACUGCGGCCAGGCGUAG